AUGGAUCCCGAAAAGAAGACUGUGGAACCGGAUGUCAUUGUUGCCGCUGUUCCAGCAGGAGAUUCGGAAUACAAACCACCUACUGGCGGUGGGGGCGAUGGGAGCGGCCAACCCAUUCCUCCUCAACACACUCGGUUUUAUUGUUCCAGCUGCCGCACACCCUAUGACUUGCCCAAUGGUUCCACCUCUUGGAGAUGUGCCAAUUGCCAUACAUUCAACUCUACAACUCCUGAUCAAUGCCCUUGGUGUGUUGUCAUGUAA